AUGGCUUCCUACCACCUGCAGCAGUGCAAGUGCCGGGUCGAGCAGGACUACAUCAGAGCCCGUGCAGUGCAGUGGGACACUGGAUCAAGGGCUUUCAGGAGAAAAAUAGGAGAUUUCAAGGUGGCCAUCCAAGCUUUCUGGGAAGAGGAAAAGCCCAUCUGGGAGGAGGAAGCUGCCUUUUGGGAGGAAGAAAAGGCUGUUCAGGAGGAAGCUGAAGCCUUCUGGAGGGUGUGUCAUGACUUCUGGAAGGACUAUAACGCUUUCUGGAAGAAGGAUAAGGAUUUCUGGAAAGAUCAGCUCCUCUGGAAGAAAGACACCAUCCUUCUGGGUGAGGACAGAGUCCUGUGGGCGGAAGAACUCCUGGAAGAGGAGAGAGUUCUCUGGGAAGAUGAGGAGGCCCUCCAGGAAGAUGAAAAAAACUCAAGGAGUAUGAAAUGUUGA